UGUAAUUUGCAGAUCAAUGAAGGCCUUUGAGAAAGAUUUUAUAGUCAAUGCAGAACCCCAUGUUCAUCCAAAUAUGAUAGCUUGGACACUUGAACUUCAAGAGAAAGUUCGUCGUAUGAGAACAAGAAGUAGAAAUCAAAGCAGAACAGGUGCAGAUUCUUCAUCAACCAUUCGAAAGUAUAUAUAUCAUAACAGAGCUUUCAAUCUUCUGGAAGAAGUGAAGAGAGGCAUCCCUAUUUAUAAUUCUUUAGAUGUUGGACCUGAUAAGUUCAAAAAGACCCACAUCUCACUGGGUACCGACCGUAAUUUGAUUCCAAGGCUCUCGAAUCUAAAGGUGUCUGUGAAAAAUGCUCCUAUCGAAUCAGAGAAUCCUAAAUUGCAAGACUUCAGAUUUAGCGAGGUAGAGAUGCAAGUAAGUUCGCCAUCUGUUUUUCACUUGUACCUUGAUCUUGUUGAGAAGCGUAUUAUCAAAGACCUUCCGCCCUGGUUAUUAGCAAUGAGAUCUCGUGGUAGCACCCAAGUGAACUCACUUUAUAGCUAGUUAGGUUUUAAGUGGAUCAAUUUUAAUAUUCAAAAUAAGAAUGAAAUUUUAUUUUAUUAGGACACAAGUGUUGUCACUUAUUUUUUUUAUUAUUGUAAUUGGUGUACAGUAUAAAUUUCUUUUAGAAUUUUUUUUUAGAAUUUACUAGAAAUUAAGUAGAUAUAAGAUAUGAGAUGCAUGACUUAAAUGUCAUUCUAUUUUAACUUUUGGUUGGGGUUUUUUAUUUUCCCUUGUAUAAUUACAUAGUUCUUUUAAGUGAGUUUAUAUGAUUACAUAGUUCUUUUAAGUGAGUUUAUAUGAUUACAUAGUUCUUUUAAGUGAGUUUGUAUGAUUACUCAGUUCUUUUAAUUCACUUUGUUUAUGCUUUUAUUUGUGUUAAGGGGAUAAAUAUUUUAAUUUUUAUUUUAAAAGUUCAUUACUAUAUCAGUGAUAGGGUCACUGUUAUUUUUGAGAAAAUACUUGUUCUAUGAAAUAGCUUUGCAUUUUUAAGUUGUAAAAGAAAGUAUUUUUUGCUUCCCGCAUAUGAGAGGAACAAUUUUAGGUCAGAUUUUAAGUUAUGAAGUGAUGUUUUUAUUAAUUUUCUGUACACUGGUAAAGAAUUAUUUCUUAAUUUAGACGUACCUGUCCAUCCAUAAUAGGCCAAAAAAUAAUUUUUCAUUUGAUUUAUUUGAUCAAAGUAUAUUUUUUCCUUAAAAAUACUUCAUGCAAAUUUAGAGAAAUAAUUUUUCUGUUUUCAAUAUUUUAUUCUCUUAAAUUUGUCUGUUGAUGAGUUGAAUUAUGGUACUUGUCACACAAAAGGUUCAGUCUUUUGUUACCAUUAUGAUGAAAAUGUCACUUUCAUUUAUGCACAGAGAGUUGAUCUCUUGUCCAAGGAGAAGUGUAUAACUUUGAGAGCCAACUUUAUGAAGUGCCUUUCUGCUCAUUCAUCACCAGCUUGAAUGAAUAUUUUUGUAGUAUUUUUGUCAGUUUCAGUAAAAUAUUAACAGUUUCAAAGCUGCAUAAGUAGAGCAAUGCAGCUUUAAGAUAAUGAACUAGGUAAUGCAUUUUCUGUACAUAUGAUUAAUGCUGAAAAUUGCUGAAGCCAGUAUAUUGGAGCUACUUUUUUUACACUCCCAAAAUAUAUUCAUGUUUAUUGUAAGAGUGGUUGUUUUCAUAGUUAAAUUUCUUAGUAAUUUCUGAGAUUUUGCCAAGUAGACUGUGUCAAUUGCCAAUUGCAAAUUUUGUGUCGUUCAUUCUUAAGGAGAUAACUACAGGACUGAUUCUAAGUGUUAUAUUUAGAUAAAUUUUUUGAAGGAUUGUUAUUUUUAUUUGAAAUUAAAAUAAAAUUUUACCGUAC